UCUCCUUGGGAGGCGGGGUCUCUUCUGAGGCUGGGAGGAGGCAUGGCGGGUGCCGGCGUGGCGCUGGCGGCCGCGGCGAUGCUUUGGUUUUGCGGCUGCGAAGCCGAGCCGGGGCCCGAGGGCGAGGCGGAGUGGGUGGAGCCCUGGGAUGGCGCGGUGUUCCGUCAGCCUUCGGUGCUGGGCUCGGUGGGAGCGGCGCGGAGCUCGGGGAAGGCGGGCCUUGACGACGAUGGCGAACUGCCCGUCUUGUUGUGGUGGAGUCCCGGCUUGUUUCCUCACUUUCCCGGGGACUCGGAGCGCAUCGAGUGUGCGCGGGGCGCGUGCGUGGCCUCCCGGGACCGGCGGCGGCGGCGGGAGCCGCGCACACGCGCCCUGCUCUUCUACGGCACGGACUUCCGCGCCUCCGAGGCACCGCUGCCCCGCCUUUCGCACCAGAGCUGGGCGCUGCUGCACGAGGAGUCGCCGCUCAACAACUUCCUCUUGAGCCACGCGCCUGGCAUCCGCCUCUUCAACCUCAGCGCCACCUUCAGCCGCCGCUCCGACUACCCGUUGCAGCUGCAGUGGCUCCCGGGGCUCGCCUACCUGCGCCACGCCGCGCCUGCGCCCCAGGAGCGCGCGGCCUGGCGCCGCCGCGGCUACGCGCCGCUCCUCUAUCUGCAGUCCCACUGCGACGUACCCUCGGACCGCGACCGCUACGUGCGCGAGCUCAUGCGCUACAUUCCGGUGGACUCCUAUGGUAAGUGCCUGCAGAACCGCGAACUGCCCGCCCGGCUGCGCGACACGGCCACGGCCACAUCGGAGGACCCCGAACUCCUGGCCUUCCUGUCCCGUUACAAGUUCCAUCUGGCCAUGGAGAACGCCAUCUGCGAGGACUACAUGACGGAGAAGCUGUGGCGGCCCCUGCAUCUGGGGGCCGUGCCCGUGUACCGCGGCUCGCCGUCCGUGCUCGACUGGAUGCCCAACGAGCGCGCCGUCAUCCUGGUGGACGACUUCGAGUCACCGCAGCAGCUGGCCGCCUUCAUCGACUUCCUGGACAGCAACGACGAGGAGUACGCCAAGUACCUGGCCUACAAGCAGCCUGGGGGCAUUACCAACCGGCUCCUUCUGGACAGCCUGGAGCAGCGUGAGUGGGGGGUGAACGACCCCGGGCAGCCCAGCUACCUGCAGGGCUUCGAGUGCUUCGUCUGUGACCACGAGCUGGCAAGGCUCGCCGCCGAAAGGGCCCACGAGGCCGACCCGGCCCGAGUCCCACCGCCGCAACCCCGGAUCGCGCAGCACUCCCACAUGGGCUGCCCUGAACCCACCCCUGGCUUUGGGAGGCUAGAGGAGAUCCCCGAGAAUGACAGCUGGAAGGAGAUGUGGCUUCAGGAUUACUGGCAAGGCCUGGACCAGGGUGAGGCCCUCACCACCAUGAUCCACAACAAUGAGACACACCAAGGGAAGUUUUGGGAUUACAUGCAUGACAUUUUCCUCCGAAGGAACCAGUAUCCCCGGCCACCAACAUGAGGGCCCUUGGUACAGCUGAGGUGGGGAAGGGCCUGAGAAUAGAAUCUCUACUUUGUGACUUAAAGGGAAAGAUGCCACUUCUUGAGGUACAGAGAUUCUUAGUACAUUUCCUCCCCCUCUGCCCCUGCUCCCAAUCCCACCUCUACUAUCUUGCUGCUUAGCAUGUGGUUUCAGAAAAAUCCUUUUACCAUCAAUGAAGAGGGAAAGGGAACUGUUUAUUCUGUGGCAGACCCUGGUGAAGGAUGCAGUAACUUAACUACCUGCAUUCUAACUGGUUUUAUUUACAGAGCUGGCCUCCAGAGUUAAGUGGUAAAAAGACUACUCAGUUCUCCAGACUUUUUAUCUUCUCUGGUCUGAUCUGUGAUAACAUCCCUAAGCCACAGGCUCCUAAAAUGUUAGAAUUGGAAGGAACCUUACCCUCCCUUCCCCCAAUACACACAUUUGGUUUUUUUUAAACAAGUCAAAAAACUGAGAGUCAGGUGAAACGAUUAGCCCAGUUUUGUAGUUUACUAGUGAUAGAGGCUAGAGUAUAGCUGGGUCUUCUGGCCCUCAGUUCAGAGUUCUUUCCACAACACUGCUCUCCCUCAGACAAUACAGUGGAGAGAAUCUUCCUGGGGUCUCUUUGUAAUGUUAAGAUAUACAAAGAGGCAUCCAACUAACCAAAAUACAAUCUUUUGUUGGCAGCAAUCUUUUGUGGUCUGCUUUUCCUUGCUGCUCAGUGAAUUUUUUUUUACAUUUUUGUGUGCUGCAAAGUCAUUUUAUGCUCUAAAGAAUCAUGGAAAGGAUGCUAAAGAUGCAAUUUUAUACUGAUUUUUUGAAUACCUUAUUCUAAAGUAUUUUCCAUCAUAAGUGGAUUGAUAUUUUACCCGCACUAACCCACCCCUUGGUUUGUUGCUUCUGUGUAGAGUUUUGUUGUCUUCUCCUAGCCAUGUGGUGUUAUGACGUUCUAACAUUCAUUGACAAUGCAUUAUUCAGUGUAGCUAUUCAGGGUGGAAUAAAGCCAAGGCACCAAGCUAAUGGAGAUGGGAAGGCAAGAAAUGGUCACCACAAGUGGCUGGGUAAAUAAAAAGCUAUAGUCAGUCACCUUUGGGGAUGCAGCCAAACCCCACUUAAAUCACUGUGGUUUGUAUGCACAGCCUGACUUCCUCUGGGCAGGAAGACCAUAGGCCUUUUCUAGGGCAGCAGAGCAAGAGUUUGUUGGAUCCUAGACACAGAUACAAAGAUUUUGUGGUUCUUCAUUGUGAAUUAUCCUUGGUAGUGUUUGACAGCUUUCAUGCCUCACUCUUUUUUUUUUUUUUAGUGAGGCAAUUGGGGUUAAGUGACUUGCCCAGGGUCACACAGCUAGUAAGUGUUAAGUGUCUGAGGCCGGAUUUGAACCCAGGUACUCCUGACUCCAGGGCCGGUGCUCUAUCCACUGCACCACCUAGCUGCCCCUCAUGCCUCACUCUUGCACACUCUUGUACGGUCCCCAUACAUUCACACAGCAGUAUUAUUGGAAUCUUCUGAAGUUGCCCCUCUUUUUGCUAGCCAAAGCCUCUUAGCACAGAGUGUAUCUGGCCAUGAUAAAAAGAAAUUUUCUUUGGUGCUCAGAAAACUGAAACUUUGAUAGAAAAUGCACUUUACAACAGAUUCAAAGGGCUGCCUAAGCUCUCUUUGGGCAUUCUAUUGGGAAGCUCAGUAAGGAAAAAAGAUUCAAAGGAAGUUUCUGGAGAAUGAGAUGAAUAACAAUUAACCAAAGCUUUUACUAGUUUCCCAUUUACAUGUGGCACUAUUCUGGGCAGCUACAAAAGAAAUUAAAAGCAGUCCUUGCCCUCUGAAUUUACAACUUUAGAAGCAGACAUAUAUUAAUACUAAAUGACAUAUAUUCAACAGAGACAAAAACUAGCUUGAUGUUUUUUACAUUCUGUGCAAUAAGAAAGGGAUAGAUGCUUUUAUUAGAAUGGUAGGGAAGGUGCUAGAUUCAUCCCUACCAUCUUUUUAAUUAUACAAGUGUGUUACAGCACUUUAUAUGCACCAAGUGAGUCAGUCAUUAGGGAAUUACAGCAACCAUGAGGCCAGACUCAGUUGCUUGCUCUGUUUGGGCUUUUUUCACUCACCUGCUGAUAAUACAAAGGAAAGAAAGCAUAGCAGUGGCCCUUUGUGCAGCAAAGCAGAUAUCAUUGGACAUCUGGAAAAGUGCAGUGGGCCCAAGUCAGGGUUUCACGUUCCCUAUGGAGGACCAGGCCAGUGUGAACUUCUCCCUGUCUUUUUGACUUGAGAAGCUGGUCUAGGUCAUUCUUCCUGAUUUACUAGUUGCCUACAGCAAUAUAGGAUAAGUCUGGUUAAUCUCAGAUUUGCCCCCCACAGAAUUUGAUUCACCAGUUAUGUUAGCGUCUGCCUUGGAAUCAGUGUCAUUUCAGAUUGUCUUGCAGUGAGUUACUGCCUUCAUCAUCAUGAUGUGUUACUAUUUUAUAUUAUGAUCUCAGGUUUAGUUUUGUAAUAAAAUGCUUUUAUAUGUAACUUCUC